ACAAAAUAAAAAAAAAUUAACACGUAAUGUGGUAAGUUAUUUAUAGACUCAAUUACCAUAAAUUGACAUAAUAUUUCCUGAAAAAGACGUAACGAUAAUCAAAAUGCAAUGCAAUUUAAAAGGACUAAAACAGCCUGAGGGCCUACCAGCAUAAUAAUAUAUAUUAUUAAAAAAAAUAACUGGAAUCCGAGCGAUUCAACCUCUUGAACGAGUGAACCGAUUUUGAUUUUGUUUUUUAGCUUGAAAGGGGAAGUAGUCGUGAGAGUUCUUAAUAUAUUACAUGAAUAUCGGUCCAAGAUGACACCACAAAGUAGCGGACGCCCUGAUACCUGGGUGUUAAUUAAAUGAAAGAGCUUGACUAAUUUUGUACUACUUAACUAGAAUACUGUACGCUAUGUCAAAUUUAGACAGUGCAGUUUUGGACGCGCGACGUUUUGUAAUGCAUUCUCACAUUUUCACAACUCAGUACUUUUAGACCUGGCUGAAUGCCCCUGUUCUUGGCAUAAAAUCUGGCAACGUGAGAAAUAUAAUUACAAAACCUUUAACCCCUACUUCUUCAAGAAAUAUUUAAUUUAAUGACUUAUUUCAUCCCUUACUGGAAAAAAAUGAAUACAUUUUUAACUCUUUAUCACUUCUUUCUAAACUCCAGAAAAACUAGUAAUGCCAUGUUUGUCCUUUAGGAAGAAAAUUUUCUAUUCUUCUUUAAAAAUAUAUAUGUAUAUACCAGAUGUGGAAUUUCAUAACGCCUUUCUUUACAAAUCACGAACUUGUUUCUUACUAUGAACUUGAUUUGACUUUGUAUUCAAUCCUGACUUUCAACCUCCAUUAAGUUUUUGUUUAUAAAUCUCAUAUGUUUUAACAUCUAUCCAGAAAGUGUCUAAAUUUUCAUGCAGAGAGUCGUAUCCAAAAAAUUCAUGCAGUCAACCAAAACUUUACGCUUUCGAUUUAACCGUGGACUAUCAUUUCACCCAUUUAGGGGUGGAAUUUCCAAAAAUCGUUUUUAGAUUUCUUUUCUUAUGGACCACCUGGUGUCAGAGUUUAAGCCGAAAGUCCAAGGUAGCCAUCAGGCUUCUGAUGCGGCUUUACUCAUUCUGGAAAAAAAAUCUGUUGUCUUUUUAGCUAAAAAAAUCCUUGUUCCUUCACUAAAUUUAACAAGCGACAAAGUAGUCAACUUUGUCAAUUGUAUCUUACUGCAGUUACUCAUUACAAGUGCAGAUAUUAGCUAGGGUUUGUUUAAUAAUAAAUUAUAAACUAUAUACGUAUAUCUUUAUACAUAUUACGAUCUUAAUUAAAUUCCUUUUUUAACGGCAAGGCGAUUACAUAUAUAAUGUUUCGGUAUGCGUUUAGGUGCUUGAAUGGUCGGGAAUUCUCAAAUGCUCAGCUGAUCAACUUGUUUAAUUGCAAUUGUCAAGAUAAGUAGGUGACCUUUCACUUUUAUAGAUAAUAGAUAGAAAUAUAAAUAUUGUGCCUACCUAAAGUCAUCAAUAUAUCAAUAAUAAAUAUAUUUCCGUCAUUAUCAUCGUAUGCUCCCGCCUUAAAAGAAGCGGAAAUUUAAAACAAAUGAUACUUCAUUGUGAUUCUUCGACGUUUUCCAUGACGUAAAUACUCUAACUUAUAUCCCAGUAAAUUAUUGUUAUUGUUUAUUAAAGUUCUAAGUUAUGGCCACUUUAGUUCUCCGCAACAAAUUAUUUUUGAGUAACUUCAAACACGUACACAAGGGUUUUGCGAUGAUGUCGACUGAGAUGGCAGAAUUUAAUAAAAAGGAUAGAAAAGCGUUGCUAAAUGUUUUGCCUGAGGUUAUACAAUACGUGGGUAAGGGUCCGAUCUUGGAACAAGGGCCAACUUCAGCUACAAACUGGGUGAAAGAGAUGGUAGAUUACAUGGUGACUGGAGGUAAACUAGAUAGAGGACUCGCUGUAACCGCAGCGUAUCAGUUUUUAGAAGCCCCUGAAAAUAUUACGGAGAAUAAACUCCACUCAGCUCGAAUUUUGGGCUGGUGUGCUGAAAUGACACAUGCAUAUUUAGUGAUAGUAGACGAUAUUAUAGACUAUUCAACGACACGACGAGGCAAAUUGUGUUGGCACAGACAGCCUCAUGUCGGCAUAAACGCGGUGAACGACUCCAGUCUGAUGUACCAGGCUUUGAUGGAGUUAUUAAGUACGCAGUUCGGGAAAACGCCAGAGUAUAUGGAAAUGGUGAAACUUAUUAACGAGACCAUUUACAUCACCUCCAUAGGGCAAUAUUUAGACUGUAAUUCAUCAUACAACAAAAAGAAGAACAACCUAGACGGUUUUACAAUGGAACUCUUUAAUACGAUUGCUAUAAAGAAGACCUCGUACUAUACCAUGAGAUUCCCGUUGUACCUGGGAUUAUUAUUGGUGAAGGAUGGACACCUUAAGCCGAGGAAAGAAUGGAGCGAAAUUUGCUACAAUCUAGGGAUCCUUCUGCAACUUCAGAAUGACUACAUCGACUCGUUUGGGCCAGAAAGCGUCACAGGAAAGGCAGGCUCAGACAUCCAAGAAGGAAAACUGACUUGGGUAGCAGUAACAACCCUUCAACUGUGCAACGACCAACAACGAGAGAUAUUCAAAGGAUUUUAUGGAAGCGACGAUCCGAACCACGUUAAUAAAAUAAAGGAAGUUUUCAAAGAGUUGAAGAUACCUCAACUAUACGAAGUCCAUGAAAGCAAGGUGUAUAACGAUUUGGUGAACAAAAUUAAUGCUUUACCAACUGAAGGUGAAUCGAAGUUCUUCCUGAAUCUUUUGAAUAAGUGGUAUAAAAGAGUCCUGUAAGAAACUGCAGUAGUUUUCUUAGUAUAAGCUUGUUUGUAAAUAUUUAUAGGCAAUUUAUGAACAAGUAGAGCGUAGAUCGACGGAGGCAGAAAUAGGGAUGACGACAAUUUGUUUUUGCAGUGUCCGUCUUGUAGUUUUUUGU